AUGAUCAAUUUUCAAUCAAUUCGUAAAACACAUUUUGAUCUUGUGUGUCGUCUUAUUCGUCCGGAACAAGUUAUUUCAUUAAUUCUAGCUGAUGAGAAAGAAACACCUUGCCAAUCUCAAUUGUUUCAAGCUCACUUUCGAAUCGAAAAAUUUACUUGCUUACGUUCAUUACAAUUAAUUGAAUUAGCCGAUGAUGGUCAAUCCUUAUUAUCGAAAUUACACAAAGUGCAAAGUCUUGUUUCUCUUGAAAUCAAUAUUCGAUUUGAUCUUCCAUUGAUUAAGACUUUGCCGUCAAUAAAAACCCUCAUUAUUAAUUUUCCAUCAGGUGUGCAGUUUGAUAUACGACGAUUCGUUGGUUCACUCGCAUUGGAAUAUGUACGACAUUUAUCUAUAUCUUAUUGUUCACUUGGUGCAUUUCUACAUUUUUUUAAUGAGAUGCCUCAACUUAAAUCAUUUAAAACUUCAUUGUUAUUGUUCAAGCCUAUAGAAGUUAAUAUAUUCGCUUAUAUUCACCAAAUACAAAUAACACCAGUUGAUCUCGUUUCUCUAUCAUUAACAAUCAAUGCGCCCGAACUAACGAAUAAUCAUUUUGAACUAUUUCUUACUCCAUUUAAACGUUUGCAACAAUUAGAACUAAUCAUUGAAACUUAUGUAGAUUAUGAAUUUUUUAAUGCUAAUCAAUGGGAAAAAUUUAUUGUAGAACAUUUCCCAAAAUUAACGACUUUUAAUUUUAAAUUUUCCGCAAGUUUUAUCGAACGAGAAAUAAUUGAUCGAUUUCGUUCUCCAUUUUGGUUGAAUAAACAUUGGUUUGUUGCUUUUGAUCCACACAGUCAAACAUUAUUUACCGUACCUCAUUUUGCUUCAACUAAAACGAGUAGUUCAAUUACUUCGGUGUCAUCAGAUUGGACAACAUUACCUCUUGAACAACAUAUUAUUUUUUAUGAUCGUGUUAAUCAAUUAAGAUAUGAAUUAGAUCAAUCAGAACAUUUAUAUCGUUAUAAUCAUGUGAAAGAACUCAUUUUUGAUGAUCCUUAUAUGUAUGAUAAUAAUAUUGCUGAUGUAUCCAAAGUAGAAUCAUUAAUUAUUAAUACAUCGGAUUGGACAUUGGACAAAAUUGUUACAUUGAUUAAAACCGCAAUGCCUUGUGUCAAUUAUCUUCGUCUCAAUUGUACUCAAACGAGUUUACAAGACAAAUAUUUCCCUGAUAUUUCAUUAUCACAAAUUCGACGAUUGUCUUUACCUCAAUUUGGUCGAUACAAAGAAAAAAUUCAAUUCAAUUGGUCAAAAGUUUUUCCAUGUGUAGAACGAUUAACUGCUUCGAUUAAUUCGAAAAAACAAAUUGUAUUUUUAAUUGAUCAUUUCAAAAAUAUGAUCAGUGGUUUCUUUGUUCUUGAUGAAUAUCACUUUGAUAAGUAUGAUAAAAUCAAAGUAGAACGUCAAUGGUUGAAGAAACAUAGUUGUCGUUUAAAAGGCAAAAAAGAAAAUGACUUUAUAUGCGAAAUUAACAGUAAAUAUAGUUUUUCAUUGUGUUUAUGGAUGAGUUAA